UUUGGUGCCGUAGCUUGUCUCUCCUAUCCUAUUAGGGUCCUGUUUGCAUCCAACCAGUUGUUUCCAAGAGCUAGGCUUUGAUACUUAAAAUAAGAACCACUAUGGGUAUUUCUAGUUAUAGUUUCUUUCUGUUUUUAUUUGUUGUCAUAAUCCCAACCCUAGAAGCUCAUAUCGCUGAGUAUGACGAGUACUGGACGGCACGAGAAUUGGAAGCCAUUGAGAACCUGGACAAGGCCUAUCACUCCAACCCGGAGGAGGUGGUCCGCCAUUACAAUGACCACUUCUCUAGAACCAUGCUCGAGUUUUAUAUCACCAAAAGGGUGUUGGCAGAAUCGAAAAAGGGUCCCUGUGAGGUUACCAACCACGUUGACAGUUGCUGGAGAUGUGAUCCUGACUGGGAAAAGAACAGGAAGAAGUUGGCCGACUGUGCCCCUGGAUUUGCUCGAGGUACUACCGGUGGAAAGGAUGGUGAGUUUUACGUGGUCACUGACCCUAUUGAUAAUGCUGCUGACCCCAAGCCUGGAACUCUGCGUCAUGCUGUCACCCAAACUGGACCACUUUGGAUCACUUUCAAAGGGUCCAUGACCAUCAAGCUGCAACAGGAGCUCAUUGUUACAAGUGAUAAGACCAUUGAUGCGAGGGGAGCCAAUGUGGAAAUUUGUAAUGGUGCUGGUAUCACUAUCCAAUUUGCAAAGAAUAUCAUUAUCCAUGGCCUUCAAAUCCAUCACAUUAUUCCCGCCAAGGGUGGCAAGAUUAAGGAUGGUGAAAACCACCAUGGGUUACGGGGUGACAGCGACGGAGAUGGGGUGUCUAUUUUCGGAGCAACCAACGUUUGGCUUGACCAUCUUGCCCUUCACCAUUGCGCCGAUGGCCUUAUCGAUGUCGUUCAAGGAUCAACUGCCGUUACCGUUUCUAACUGCCACUUCACUGACCACAACGAUGUGAUGUUGUUUGGAGCAAGCGACUCUUACAGUGCCGACAAGAAGAUGCAGGUCACUGUUGCUUUGAACCACUUCGGUAAAGGAUUGGUAGAGAGGAUGCCUAGGUGCCGAUUUGGUUUUAUUCAUGUCGUCAACAAUGACUACAAUCACUGGUUCCUGUAUGCCAUUGGCGGCACCAGCAACCCUACAAUUAUCACAGGAAAUAGGUAUUCAGCGCCAGGCUUUGGGGCUAAAGAGGUGACCUGUAGGGGCCUCUUAAAGCCGGGACAGUGGAAGAAUUGGAAUUGGGUAUCACAAGGUGACCACUUCGAGAACGGUGCCUUUUUUACACCAUCCGGUAGUCCAAGUGCCAGCAAGCAAUUUGGUGCCGACAAAAUGAUGCCUUUCAAACCCGGUCAAAUGGUCCCCGAACUCACAAAGUAUGCUGGACCAUUAAGCUGCACAAUCGGCCGUAGUUGCUAAAAACACUAUUUUUAUAUGCAUGUGUCCUGCCUUUUUUACGUACAAUAUUUGAUACCCAAGCAUAGUACAUUUGGUAUCUUUUCUGAAUGAUUGUCAGUAAAUUUUCUUUUAUGCGA